GAAGUUCGACCCAAAUCAAAUUUUGUUUCAGGUACAAUGUUCAUUACGGAUAAAGUAGCCAACAUCGACCAGGGUAAAUUCGUGUCUUUUGAAUUCUUCCCUCCCAAGACCGAUGCUGGGUUUCGUAACUUAUUGGCACGGUUGUCGCGGAUGAAGGCAUUAAACCCGCUUUUCAUCACUAUUACCUGGGGUGCCGGUGGAUCUACCUCAGAAAAAUCAUUGGAACUUGCCGCCAUUUGCCAGAAGCAGUUGGGAAUCACCACUGUCUUACAUCUCACAUGUACCAACACCAAUAAGGAGAUCAUUGAUGCGGCGUUGGUGCAGGCCAAAAAAAAUGGUAUUAGAAACAUUUUGGCAUUGAGAGGUGAUGUUCCAAGAACAGAAGAAUACUGGACUCCAAAUUGUGACUUUUUGUCUGCCACCGACUUGGUCAAAUAUAUAAGAUCCCAACACGGUAAAGAGUUCUGUGUGGGGGUAGCAGGGUAUCCAGAAGGUCAUGUGGAUGGAUCCGAUUAUACCAACCAGAACCCAGAAAAAGAUAUACCUUACUUGAUCGAGAAAGUUCAGGCCGGUGCUGAUUAUAUCAUUACCCAGUUGUUUUACGACGUUGACAAGUUUGUCAAGUACCACCAAUUACUUAAAUCGUAUGAUGAGUUGAAGGACUUGUUAGUUAUUCCUGGUUUGUUGCCUAUUAACACAUUUAACAGUUUCAAGAAAGCUACUAAGUUAUCACAUGCCACCAUUCCUCAGUCAAUCUUGGACAGGGUUCUGCGCCAUAAACUUAACGAUGAUGAGGUAAAGGCCGUGGGGAUCAAGAUUUUAAAUGAGAUCAUUGCUGAAGUCAGUGAGAAAACCGAUAUCAAAGGAUUUCACUUCUACACCUUGAACUUGGAAAAAGCCGCUGCAUCAAUCAUAGAGACAUCUUCUGUCUUACAGGACGGCUUAAAAGUCAGGGAUGAUAUAGCUGAAUCGGACGAAGAGAUUGAAAUCGAAAUACCUCAAAAGUCAUUUAAGAGAAGACAAUCAUCGGUAUCUUCCGGAGUGGACCCUAAACCUCACUUCAAGUCUUUGAUAGCAAUCAGUAAAGGGAAGGGACAAAUGGGUAAAGAUGCCAACUGGGAUGAUUUCCCCAACGGUCGGUUUGGGGAUUCGAAUUCCCCAGCCUACGGAGAAAUUGACGGAUACGGACCUAACUUGAAGGUAGAAUCGCUGGAAAAAGCGGUAGAGCUUUGGACUACACCUGAAAGCACUCUUGACUUGGCCCGGGUAUUCAUCGACUACUUAUCCAACAAGAUUCCUCAAUUACCGUGGGUAGAUACUCCUUUGGACAUCGAAACGUCCAUUAUUCAAGAGCAACUUUUUGAAUUGAAUUUGAGAGGUUGGUUUUCCACAGCAUCUCAACCGGCCACAAACGCAUGCCCCUCAAAUGAUAAAAUCUUUGGCUGGGGACCUGCCAACGGAAUUGUAUAUCAAAAGGCAUUUGUGGAAUUAUUUGUCCCUAAACAUGAUUGGGACCAGAAGAUUUUCCCGGCGUUGAAACCACAAAUUGAAAAUAAAACCAUCACCUACUUCCUUGGGGACAAUAAGGGACAGAUUCAAACCAACUUAUCUAAUCACCAGAGUAAGUCUGCUGUAACUUGGGGAGUUUUCCCUCUGAAAGAAAUUUUGCAGCCAACAUUAAUUGACCUCGACUCAUUUAAAGCCUGGAAUGAGGAAGCGUUCCUUUUAUGGCUCGAGUGGGCGAGAUGCUACAAAAAGGCAACCAAUACCUAUACGUUUUUGAACUUCAUUUAUGAAAACUACUACUUAGUGAGUUUGAUCCAUCAUGAUUUCGUCGAUGAAAAUGGCUUAUGGGACUCGUUGUUGGAUAUCGAAUAGCAAUUAGAGCCCAAGCUAUGAGUUUCUCAUGGGACUCAUAAUUCGGGAUUUUGUAAAAUAUUUAUAGAUUUCUCCACCAAGUUAGAAUUCAAUGCUUUGACCAACUCAGAACUCUCGUCUACUCCAAUGUAUUUACACACUUUUCGAUCAACUAGCAAGGCCC